GGCUCUCUCCUUCUUGGGGCCCGGCUGCUGGGAGGCGGCGGGAGGCGCGGGGCCGUGCACGGUCCUGCUGCGGCUCAGCCUGUACCUGAGCUGCGCGGCGGCCGCCUUCCUGCUGGGGACCCUCUUCGCCCUCGUUGGCUGGAGCCCUCGCGCCUCGCCGCCCGACUUCGUCGGCGCCUGGAGCCGGCUGGCCGCUGCCCCCGGCUGCCCGCUGCGGAGUUCUGUGUGUGGAAACUCAAAUGAGACAGUUCAGCCUAGAAGGGUAGUAAUUUCUCAUAAUAUGGAUAAAGCUCUGAAAGAAGUGUUUGACUACAGUUACAGAGAUUACAUUCUCUCCUGGUAUGGAAAUCUCAGCAGAGAUGAGGGGCAGCUUUACAAUCUGCUUUCGGAAGACUUUUGGGAAAUUGCCAGACAGCUGCGACACAGAUUGAGUCACGUGGAUGUGGUUAAAGUUGUCUGCAAUGAUGUUGUAAGAACUUUACUCACUCAUUUCUGUGACCUGAAAGCUGCUAAUACCAGACAUGAAGAACAGCCAAGGCCUUUUGUGUUGCAUGCAUGCUUAAGGAACUCAGAUGAAGAAGUAAGAUUUUUACAAACAUGUUCUCGGGUUCUGGUGUUCUGUCUACUCCCAUCAAAGGAUGUCCAGUCUCUCAGCUUACGUAUAAUGCUCGCAGAAAUUCUCACGAUGAAAGUCUUGAAGCCAAUAGUGGAGUUAUUGAGUAAUCCAGAUUACAUUAACCAAAUGCUGCUUGCCCAGUUGGAGUACAGAGAACAGAUGAAUGAACAUCACAAGAGAGCCUACACCUAUGCUCCCUCUUAUGAAGAGUUCAUCAAGCUCAUCAAUGGCAACUCUGAUGUAGAAUUCUUGAAGCAGCUAAGAUAUCAAAUUGUAGUGGAAAUAAUCCAGGCAACUACAAUUAGCAGUUUUCCCCAACUGAAGAGGCACAAGGCCACAGUUCUAGAAAGAGCACAAUGCCUGAUAUAUAGUAAGGAAUCUGCUGCAAUGAAAGCUGAUCUCCUGAGGGCCAGGAAUAUGAAAAGGUACAUUAACCAACUGACUGUGGCAAAGAAGCAGUGUGAAAAGAGGAUCAGAAUUCUGGGAGGUCCUGCCUAUGACCAGCAAGAAGAUGGGGCCUUGGAUGAGGGGGAAGGGCCUCAAAGCCAGAAGAUUCUUCAGUUUGAAGAGAUCUUGACCAAUCCUUUGUACCGAGAGCACUUUCGAUUAUACAUGGAAAGGAUGGACAAAAGAGCUCUAAUUAGUUUUUGGGAGUCUGUGGAACAUUUAAAGAGUGCAAACAAGAAUGAAAUUCCACAAUUAGUUGGUGAAAUUUAUCAGAAUUUCUUUGUGGAAAGCAAAGACAUAUCUGUAGAAAAAUCACUUUACAAAGAAAUCCAGCAAUGUCUUGUAGGAAAUAAAGGUAUUGAGGUGUUCUGCAAAAUCCAAGGAGAUGUAUAUGAGACCUUAAAGGAUAGAUAUUACCCUUCAUUUAUCGUCAGUGAUUUGUAUGAGAAAUUGAUGAUAAAAGAGGAAGAAAAACAUGUCUCAAAAUUGAUUUCCAACAAAGAUGAUAUGGGCCUGGAAAAUGAGGCUAGUGAGGAACCUUUAGAUGAAGGUGCCAGUGGGAUUAAUGAACAUACCAAUUUUGCUGUCAACAAACUCCGAGAACUAAAUGAGAAACUUGAAUAUAAAAGGCAAGCUCUAAAUUCUAUUCAAAGUGCACCAAAACCUGACAAGAAGAUUGUUUCCAAGUUGAAGGAUGAAAUAAUUCUAAUAGAGAAAGAACGCACAGACCUUCAACUGCACAUGGCGAGAACAGAUUGGUGGUGUGAGAACCUUGGCCUGUGGAAAGCGUCCAUCACCAGUGGAGAGGUUACAGAAGAGAAUGGUGAGCAAAUGCCUUGUUACUUUGUCACAGUAAGCCUACAAGAAGUUGGAGGAGUUGAAUCUAAAAACUGGACUGUCCCAAGAAGGCUCAGUGAGUUUCAGAAUUUACACCGGAAACUUAGUGAGUGUGUCCCUUCUAUUAAAAAAGUCCAGUUGCCUUCUCUUAGCAAGCUGCCUUUCAAAUCUAUAGAUCACAAGUUUAUGGAAAAGUCAAAGAAUCAAUUAAAUAAGUUUUUACAGAAGCUACUUUCAGAUGAAAGACUGUGUCAGAGUGAAGCACUUUAUGCCUUUUUGAGCCCUUCUCCUGACUACCUCAAGGUCAUUGAUGUGCAGGGGAAAAAAAACUCUUUUUCAUUAUCCUCAUUUUUGGAAAAACUUCCCCGUGACUUCUUCUCCCAUCAGGAGGAGGAGACGGAGGAGGACAGUGACCUGUCAGAUUAUGGUGAUGAUGUGGAUGGGAAAAAAGAUGCCUUGGCUGAACCAUGUUUCAUGUUAAUUGGGGAGAUUUUUGAACUUCGAGGAAUGUUUAAAUGGGUGAGAAGAACAUUAAUUGCUCUCGUUCAGGUCACUUUUGGAAGAACCAUCAACAAACAAAUCCGGGACACAGUGAACUGGAUUUUCAGUGAGCAGAUGUUGGUUUACUACAUCAAUGUUUUCCGGGAUGCUUUUUGGCCAAAUGGGAAAUUGGCACCACCAACCACAAUCAGAAGCAAAGCACAAAGUCAGGAAACAAAACAGAGAGCACAGCAAAAGCUACUUGAAAACAUUCCAGAUACACUCCAGAGCCUUGUUGGACAACAAAAUGCCCGCCAUGGAAUAAUAAAAAUAUUCAAGGCACUGCAAGAAACAAGAGCCAAUAAGCAUCUGUUAUAUGUGUUGAUGGAGUUGCUGCUAAUUGAACUGUGUCCUGAGCUGAAAACUCAUUUAGAUCAACUUAAAGCUGGUCAAGUUUGAGACUGCACAAAUAAACCACCAGAGAAAUGUCUGUAAUAAUAGACAUGAAACAUUUUCCUCUUUUCCACAGAGGGUCUGACUGAGAACAUAUUGAUUUUUAUUUUCGUUACCUCCCUCUAGUUUUAUGUGAAGCAAGCAGAAUUGGGGGGAGGGGUCUUGAUGCUAUGGUAGGCAACAGGGAAAAAAGAAAAUCUGUUUAUUAAUUUUUAAGUAAUAAAAAUACUUUCAAAAGUUCAACAAUACUGAUUGAAAUACAACUGUUAAUAUGUGAUAAGAAGCUAGGAAAUAUUUUAAAUAUUUAUGAAAACAAUUUUGUUUUAAAAUGAACUAUGAAUAUUGUACAGUUAAUUUCCUCACUGAGGAUUCUGAACAUUCCUAUGUUAUUUCAUGUGUACUGAAGAACAUUGUUGUGCAAUGCUUUGUGUAAAGUUAUUGUGAAAAUUUUAUUGUCUUUAUUUUUACCAAAGAUUUCCCAUAGUUUGAAGCAUUUGAAGCAAUAAAAUAUAAAAAAUGAAUCACA